GCGCGGCCCGCCCACCAGCUCGCCUUGACCGAGUUCGCGCCACCCCAGAACCCUGACGGCCGUCAAACAGUCCACGGCCUCCUGCAAAUCUAUGGCGCCCGCAGUCUUUUCAUGGGCGCUGCGAUUUCUUCGGCCUCUCUAAACGGCCACAUUUCCACCCUUGGUUGGAUGAUGGUCUCGAUCGGCGGCGUCGCCCUGGCCCAUGGUUUCAUCGGCAGAAACUUGGGUAUGGGCUACUGGAACCAUUGGGGAUUUGUGCCUUUUGCCACAGGUACUGGCGCCCUGCUUCUCGGCGUGCUGGACUAG